AUGAACAGGCCCGGCGGCGUCAGAGAGCCAGAGCAGCUACACACACAAGGACCGUCUGGAUCUGUGCGUUUCGAAGACGUCGCGUUGACGGGGCGCGCCGAGACGAGCCUUUUGGCGAGCACAGAAGAAGUGCAGCAGUGGUCGCAAAUCGAACUGGAUACUUGUAACGAGACUUCGCGCGUCGCGAGAGCUAUUAGCGCUGAGGCCAAAAAAAACGGAGGUCUCCUCACGUGCAGCCACGCAGGCACGAGCCGGGCUAGUCUGCAGCCUAUUGUGAAGCCUGUUGCCCAACCCAGGGCCCGCUAUUCAAGGCCACAAAAGCGGCCCAUGAAUGACGAUGUGCAACCAGGGCUUCAAACGAGAUGCUGGCGAGAGUGA